AUGGAUGUGAGGUUCCCGCACUCGCCGGCCGAGGUGGCCAAGGUGGAGCUCGUGCAGUUUGGCGUCCUCAGCCCCGACGAGAUUAGACAAAUGUCGGUGGCACAAAUAGAAUAUGCAGAGACUAUGGAGAAUGGGAAGCCAAAGGCUGGUGGGCUUAGUGACCCUCGAAUGGGGACUGUCGACCGCAAAAUCAAGUGCCAGACAUGCAUGACUGGGAUGGCAGAGUGCCCAGGCCACUUUGGUCACCUUGAGCUCGCCAAGCUGAUGUUCCACAUUGGCUUUAUCAAGACUGAUAAUACCAAGUUCAAGCAGGCUCUUAAAAUCAGGAACCCAAAGAAGAGAUUGAAGAGAAUAUAUGAUGCUUGCAAAACCAAAAAGGUCUAUGGUGAGGGUGAUGACCUUAAUGUCCAACAGCAGCAAGAUACUGAUGAGCAUAUAAAGAGAAGGGGUGGCUGUGGUGCUCAGCAGCCAAUUAUUACAAUUGAUGGUAUCAAGAUGCUUGUGGAAUUCAAAGCACCAAACAAGAAAAAUGAUGAUCGAGAGCAACUGUCUGAGUCAGUGGAACCGAAGCAGAUUGUCUCCGCUGAUAGGGUCCUUAACGUUCUCAAGCGUAUAUCUGAUGAGGACUGUCUUCUGUUGGGCCUACAUCCCAAAUUGGCCCGUCCAGAUUGGAUGAUACUCCAGGUUCUUCCAAAUCCUCCACCCCCUGUUAGACCUUCUAUCAUGAUGGGCACUUCUUCCAAAAGCGAGGAUGAUUUGACUCAUCAAUUAGCUAUGAUAAUUCAGCAUAAUGAGAACUUGAGGAGGCAAGAGAGAAACGGAGCUCCAGCUCACAUUAUAGCAGAGUUUGCUCAGUUGUUGCAAUUUCACGUUGCUACAUACUUUAAUAAUGAACUUCCUGGCCAACCCUGGGCUACACAGCUUUCUGGAAGGCCGAUUAAAUCAAUUUGCAGCAGGCUGAAAGCAAAGGAAGGCCGGGUUAGAGGAAACUUGAUGGGGAAGCGAGUUGAUUUCUCAGCCCGUAUUGUUAUCACACCAGACCCAAAUAUUAACACUGAUGAAUUGGGUGUGCCAUGGAGUAUUGCUUUGAAUCUGACAUAUCCAGAAACUGUCACUCCAUAUAACAUUGAGAGGUUGAAGGAACUUGUACUAAAUGGGCCUCAUCCUCCCCUAGGGAAGACAGGUGCAAAAGAAUUUCUUUACUAUUUUUGUUCCUCUGGUCUGUGGUUUCCUCAGGUGGAGAGACACCUCAAUGAUGGAGAUUUUGUUCUUUUCAAUCGUCAGUCAAGUCUUCACAAAAUGUCUAUCAUGGGGCAUCGAAUCAAAAUUAUGCCCUACUCAACUUUCUGGUUGAAUUUGUCUAUCACAUCACCUUAUAACGCUGAUUUUGAUGGGGAUGAAAUGAAUAUGCAUGUUCCACAGUCUUUUGACACUAGAGCAGAAGUUCUAGAAUUAAUGAUGGUGCCAAAAUGUAUUGUGUCUCCACAACCAAAUAAGCCUGUGAUGGGUAUUGUCCAAGACACGCUGCUUGGAUGUCGCAAAAUCACCAAAAGGGACACUCUCAUUGAAAAGGAUGUAUUUAUGAACAUAUUGAUGUGGUGGGAAGACUUUGAUGGAAAGAUUCCUGCUCCUGCCAUUCUCAAACCAAGGCCUAUUCGGACUGGGAAACAAGUUUUCAACUUAAUUAUCCCAAGGCAAAUAAAUUUAAUUUGGUUUUGUUCCUGGCAUUCUGACGAAGAGAAAGGAUUUGCUACUCCCAGUGAUAGGGAAGAGGUUGGUCUAGAUGCUGCAAGCAAGUUCCUAGGUUAUACACAGUGGCUUGUGAACUACUGGCUUCUUCAAAAUGGUUUUAGUAUUGGAAUUGGGGAUAUGAUUGCAGAUGCGGCCACCAUGGAAAACAUUAAUUAUACCAAUUGUACAACUAAGGAUGGUGUGAAGGAGCUUAUUAAACAAGCACGUGACAAGCAAUUCGAAGCUACGCCAGGACGCACCAUGAUGGAAUCAUUUGAAAAUAAAGUAAAUGAGAUUCUCAAAACGGCUCGUGAUGAUGCUGGAAGCAGUGCGCAGAAGAGCUUGUCUCAAAGCAACAAUUUGAAGGCUAUGGUCACCGCAGGCUCAAAAGGCACUUUCAUUAACAUUUCGCAAAUGGCUGCUUGUGUCGGACAGCAAAAUAUUGAGGGCAAGCGGAUCCCAUUUGGUUUCACUGAUCGAACAUUGCCACAUUUCAUGAAAGAUGACUAUGGUCCUAAAAGUCAUGGAUUUGUGGAGAACUCUUACCUUCAGGGUCUGACACCGCAAGAAUUUUUCUUUCAUGCUAUGGGUGGUAGAGAAGGACUGAUUGAUACGGCUGUGAAGACUUCUGAGACUGGGUAUAUCCAACAGAGACUUGUGAAAGCUAUGGAGGACAUCAUGGUGAAGUAUGAUGGUACUAAUGUCCAGAAGACAUUCAAGAUUGACAUCAGAACACGUUCUGACAUGCACCCAAUCGAAAUUGUGGAAGCGAUAGAUAAGUUGCAAGAAAGACUGAAAGUUGUGUCUGGUGAUGGUGCUAUAAGCAUUGAGGCUCAGAAAAAUGCCAUCUUGUUCUUUAAUAUCCAUCUCCGUGCCACAUUUGCUAGCAAGAGGGUCUUGAGGGAAUACAUGCUUACAAGGGAAGCAUUUGAGUGGAUUAUCGAUGAGAUUGUAUUGAGGUUUUCUCAGUCUUUGGUGGCCCCUAGUGAAAUGAUUGGAUGUGUAGCCACACAGUCCAUUGGGGAACCAGCAACUCAAAUGACUAUGAAUAUCUUCCAUUUUGCUGGUGUAAGUGCCAAGAAUGUUACUCUUGGAGUUCCCAGAUUGAGAGAGAUCAUUAAUGUUGCCAAGAAGAUAAAAACCCCAUCGUUGUCUGUUUACCUAAAGCCUGAGGUGAACAAGAAGAAAGAAUUGGCUAAGAGUGUCCAAUGUGCUUUAGAGUACACCACACUCCGCAGUGUGACUCAUGCCACUGAGGUAUGGUAUGAUCCUGAUCUUAUGGGAACCAUCAUUGAAGAGGAUUUGGAAUUUGUCCAGUCAUAUUAUGAAAUGCCCGAUGAGGAUAUUGACCUGGAUAAGAUUUCUCCUUGGCUGCUGCGUAUUGAGCUUAAUCGUGAGAUGAUGGUUGAUAAGAAGUUGAGCAUGGCUGAUAUCACUGAUAAGAUCAACCAUGAAUUUGAUGACGAAUUAUCAUGCAUAUUCAGUGAUGACAAUGCAGAUAAACUUAUCCUUCACUUGCGCAUCAGAAAUGAUGAAGCUUCAAGAGGAGAAAUACAAGACGAGCCUGCUGAGGAUGAAGUUUUCCACAAGAAGAUAGAGAGUAACAUGUUGAUAGAGAUGUCUCUUCAAGGCAUUCUGGAUAUUAACAAGGUGUUUAUAAAAGAGUGGAAGGUUAAUAAAUUUGAUGUGAAUGAUGGUUUCAAAGAACAUGAGGAGUGGAUGCUUGAUACAGAAGGUGUCAAUCUCUUAGCUGUCAUGUGUCAUGAGGAUGUUGAUGCUACAAGAACAACAAGUAACCAUUUGAUUGAAGUGAUUGAGGUUCUUGGAAUUGAGGCUGUUCGUCGAGCUCUCUUGGAUGAACUUCAGGCAGUCAUAUCUUUUGAUGGAUCUUAUGUAAAUUAUAGGCAUCUGGCCAUUCUUUGUGAUACAAUGACAUACAGAGGUCAUCUGAUGGCUAUUACAAGGCAUGGUAUCAAUCGCAAUGACACAGGAGCUCUUAUGAGAUGUUCUUUUGAAGAAACUGUGGAUAUCUUGCUCGAUGCUUCUGUACAUGCCGAAUCUAACUACCUGAGAGGUGUCACUGAGAACAUUAUGCUUGGUCAGCUUGCUCCUAUUGGUACUGGAGACCGCGCACUAUUUUUGAAUGACCAAAUGCUGUAG